AUGCUACAAAUUGCUUCUACUGCGCUAUUCAUCUCGAACAAUAUACUUGCAUUGUUGAAGCUCUAUAUUAUGGCAUUCCUGCUGGCUCGAGAAGCCCGAGCUCUUUCAAUCGGCAGUUCUUCGAGAAUCCUACUGUCGAAUCAUCAUCAUGUUGGAAGUCUGCGUCGACCUCGACCGAAAACUUCUCUUCAGGCAGUCUUCUCGCAACAAAUGGAAUCAUUGUCUCAGUCAAGUGGAUUGGCGCGAUGGCUGGAUAUCGAGUUACCAGAAGGGCGUUGUGUCGGUGUUGGGUUGGAGGGUGAUGAUGCCAAGGAAAUCAUCAUUUCUGCCAAAUCUCUUGCCGACCCAACGAAUUGGGCGCAUGAAUAUUAUCAUCCCGACGAGCUGGUACACGGAAUGACGCUUCCUUUGGCAAGACAAGAAUCGUUUUGGUUGGGGCGUUUGUCCAUGCGGUUGGCAUUGGAUGGUAGUAGUUACAAGGACCACGCACCAAUUCUUAGGGAUACGCAUGGUAGGCCACAACUUCCUUUGGGUACCUUUGGUUCCAUCUCGCACAAGGGGGGUUAUGGAGCUGCUUUGGUCUCUCGUGAUCAAACCUUAGCUGGUGUCGGUGUAGAUCUGGAAUACACUUCCAGAGCAGGGAAAAAGAACAUUGGCAAAAGAGUGUUAACCGACGAUGAAAUGAUGGACUUGGGAAAGCUUCCAGGCAUCUCGGCCGAAGAAGAAGUUCUUUUGCGCUUUAGCCUAAAAGAAGCCAUCUACAAGGCAGCACACCCGCUGUUGUGCCAAUACGUUGGAUUCAAAGAAGCAGAGGUUACACCUCAUCCAGAUGGAUCAGCUACUUGCAAAUGGAUGUUAGAAUCUGGUAUGCAGACUAGAAUAGCCGGUCAAACGGCACAUUGGAGGAAACUGGAGGAUCAGGAUUUCUUUCUGACGAGUGCCAGUGUAGAGGGAACAGCUAGCUGA